AACGUUAAUAUUAAUUAUUAAGUAAUAAAAUAAGCAUAAUAUUAUUACCUUCAGCCUUCAGCCUUCAGGUAUUCACUAUUAGGCAAUAGUCAAAGCUAAAACAGUUUUCCGUAUUUUGUAUUCUGUCAAUAGUGUAUAAUGUGUGAACUUUAAUUGAACAACUCUAUUACUGUUGCUUUUUCGUGUUCAGCUUAUCCUUUGACUGAUAAACCUCAAUACACGUACAAAGGUUUCUAAACUUUGACUGUUAUUUAAUUUAAGUACUGAAAUGGAAAGACACACUAAGAAAACUAAAAAGAUUGUUGAAGAAGAUGAUACUUACAAAAAUGAUAAAACAAAACCUGAAAUAAAUCAAACUAAAUAUUUACUGUAUAGUAUUUUUGUUAUAACUUUUUUGGUAAUAUAUUCAUAUUACACUUUAUAUAAAUCAGAUUAUGGUGACAAAAUUGUUAAUAAGCAACCAUUCUCAGAACCUGUAUAUGCUGUUAUUAUUGAUGCAGGAAGUACUGGUUCAAGAGUAUUAGCAUUAGCUUUUAAAAAAACACCAAGUGGUUCCUUAGAAUUAGAAGAUGAAUUAUUUGUACAAGUUAAACCAGGCUUAUCUAGUUUUGCCGAUAAUCCAAAAAAAGGCGCUGAAUCAAUUGAUCAGUUAUUAGCCAAGGCUAAAAAUUUUGUGCCCAAACAGUAUUGGAAAAAUACACCACUUGCAAUGAGAGCAACAGCUGGUUUAAGGUUAUUACCAACUGAAAAAGCAGAUGGAAUUCUCAAUGAAGUAAUACAAUUAUUUAAACAUAAUCCAUUUUAUACAAAUGAAAAUUCAGUGGCCAUCAUGGAUGGUAUUGACGAAGGUCUUUUUUCAUGGUUUACAGUGAAUUUUCUGCUUGAUCGUUUAAAUGGUAAAUUAACAAAUACAGUAGCUGCUCUUGAUUUAGGAGGUGGAUCUAUACAGAUUACAUUUAUCCCUACUAAUAGUAAACAAAUAAUAAAAGAAUUACCAGAGUUUAUUACAGAGUAUUCAAUAAUGAAUGAAAAAGUAAACUUGUAUAGCCACAGUUAUUUAGGGUUGGGGUUAAUGGCAGCACGAAAAAGUGUGUUUACUGUUGAUGGCGACUUGUUAAAUGUUACUAGCCCUUGUGUUCAAGAGGCAGCCAAAGGAACACCUUACAAAUUUGCUCAAAAUACCUACCAUGUAACUGGAGCACCAUCAAAAAAAGGUCCAGCUGUGGAUUACCAACUGUGUAAGAGUAUCAUUGAAGCUGUAGUUAAAACUAUAUAUACUGACAAACCCAAAGAUUUGCUCAAUCAGAAAAUAGUAGCAUUUUCAUACUUUUAUGAUAGAGCUCAAGAUGCUGGCCUUGUUGGCGAAGAAGGAGGUGAUGUUACCAUAAAAUCGUUUUAUGAAGCAGCAGAAAAAGAAUGUUCCAAUACAAGUUAUAAUGAGUUACGUCCAUUUAAAUGCCUUGAUUUAACAUAUAUUUCUGUUUUAUUGGAGCAAGGUUUUGGUUUACCUGUUGAAACUUCAGUUUCUUUAUUGAAUACUAUUGACGGACAUGAAAUAAGUUGGGCACUUGGAGCGGCUUACCAUAUUUUACAAAAUGGACUUUAAUUCAAACUGCCAUUUUUUUAAAAACCAAUAACCAUGGUGAUUGAAGAUCAAAAACUUAGUUUAUAUCAUAUUGCUCUAUUGUUCAUGUCUAUUGUUUAAUUCUUAGCAAUCCAUGUAUUGUGUACUAGUUAUAAUAUUAUCACAAAAACAUUAAGUCGUACCUUCAA